AUGUGGGCUAACUAUAUCCGGGGAAGUGGCAACACUACAACCAACAGGAUUGAAUCAAAUUGGAACCAAGUGAAGCUGCUUCUCGGCAAACGACCUCGUCUGGAUGCGACUAUUAGCGGUCUGUUAGCGCACCAGGGGACUAUUGUUCGCCAAGUGCUCGCGACGAUGAGGAAGCACGUGUCAACAUCGCGACACCCAGGCGCAAUUCCUGACUUCUUGACACGCUGGGAACUCAGUACUCGGAGGAAUACCUACGUAUGCAACGACUAUGAGUGGACGUGCACAUGCCUAUUCUAUUGUAGUCAUCACCUGCCAUGCCAGCAUUUGAUGUUCAUCGCGGAUCGUGUUCAUCGGUUCGAGUAUCUACCUGAGUCGACUGUCCCGCAGCGCUGGGAUAUG